GCUUCCCCUUCCGGCUGAUGGUUUCCUCGGUCUGCCGGCUGCUGUCAGUAUGGGGGCAGUAAUGAAAGAGCGGCUGCGCUUGUUGUGGGCAACAGCAUUUGCUGCCUUUAUACUUGCUGUAGAUGCAUCGUUUGUGGAAGACUUAGAUGAAUCGUUUAAAGAGAACCGUAAAGAUGACAUUUGGCUUGUUGAUUUCUAUGCACCUUGGUGUGGCCAUUGCAAGAAAUUGGAGCCAGUGUGGAAUGAAGUUGGUAAAGAAAUGGGAAGCAUUGGGUCUCCAGUAAAGGUUGGCAAGAUGGAUGCAACUUCUUAUUCUAGUAUUGCCUCGGAAUUUGGAGUUCGAGGCUAUCCAACAAUUAAACUGUUGAAGGGUGACUUAGCAUACAAUUACAGAGGACCAAGGACCAAAGAUGAUAUUAUUGAGUUCGCAAAUAGAGUUGCAGGGCCUAUUAUUCGAUAUCUCCCUAGCCAGCAAAUGUUUGAGCAUGUUCAAAAAAGACAUCGCAUAUUUUUUCUGUACAUUGGUGGGGAAUCUCCAUUAAAGGAAAGAUACAUAGAAGUUGCUUCCGAACUAAUUGUUUAUACAUACUUUUUUUCUGCCUCAGAAGAGAUACUUCCCGAGUAUGUGACACUCCCUGAAAUGCCAGCUGUUCUAGUCUUUAAAGAUGGAACUUACUUUGUGUAUGAUGAGUAUGAAGAUGGUGAUUUGACAGCCUGGAUAAAUAGGGAAAGAUUUCAGGGGUACCUUAAUAUAGAUGGAUUUACACUCUAUGAGCUUGGAGACACAGGAAAACUUGUGGCAAUUGCAGUUAUUGAUGAUAAAGAUGUUUCUGCAGAACAUGGAAGAUUGAAGUCUAUUGUUCAGGAAGUGGCUAAAAAUUACAGAGACCAUUUUCAUAGAAACUUCCAAUUUGGCCAUAUGGAUGGAAAUGAAUACAUUAAUAGUUUAUUAAUGGAUGAUUUGAAAAUCCCCACUCUUGUUGUCCUGAAUACAUCCAAUCAACAAUAUUUCCUACCUCAUAAACCAAUAGAGAGCACUGAAGAUCUGGUCCAGUUCAUUAAUGACAUUUUGGAAGGCACAGCAGAAGCAUAUGGUGGAGAUGGAAUUCUUCAACGAAUCAAGAGAAUAAUUUAUGAUGCCAAGUCUACAGUGGGAUCUGUUUUCAAGAGUUCCCCACUUCUUGGUUGCUUUCUCUUUGGUUUACCACUGGGUGUCAUCAGCAUCAUGUGCUACGGGAUUUGCACUGCUGACACCGAGGGAGGGUCAGAUGAAGCAGAGACAUCUAAGAAGGAAACUACAAGCAGGGAUCUAACUGAUGAAGGCACUGAAGAAGAACAAGAGGAGGAAUACAGUGAAAGUCCUGUAGAACUUCCAGAGAGAGAGCAAGAACAGAAAACUAUAUUGGAAAAAAAGAGAGACUAAACUAUUAACUUUUUUCUGUAGAAUUUCCAAAUAGAGACUUAUUUAUUGAAUUCAAUUAUACCUGUGAACUUGAGAGAUGAGAACUUCUUCAUUUAUUUGUGUUAUGUGCAUGCAUUCAAGUUGCUUGGCUGUGAAGAAGAAUGGGGUGGGAGUUGGGGUUUCAGAGUCUCUUAUUAUCUUUAUUCCGCUUAAAAAGAAAAUUCAGGAAAGUAGAUGGGUUAUUUUACAGGAUAAACUCUGAGUUGGUAAAAAAAAAAAAAAAAGCAACCUUAUUUCUCCUUGGGGUACUGAUAUGUACAAUUAAAAACAAUUUUACUAUUAUGGCCAAAGUAAUUCCUUCCUUCCUUCCUUCCUUCCUUCCUUCCUU